AUCCAAUAGAAGAAGAUUCUGUAUGGUUACAGAGAAACAGGAUCUGAUCUGCUGCAGAGACGAUUGACCUCUUGCCACAAGUCUUCUGCUGCACCUAGCCUUUGUUUCUGCUUGUCCCUUCAAACCUUCUGCCUCAAGAAUCACCAUGGCGACAGAACUCGUAGUGUCGUCGUCCGAAGAGAUAAAAUGUGAAGAUAUAGUUUCCAGAAACUCCGUUACCAAGAAAGAACCUUGCUUACCUGAUUACUGUUCUCCACAAGAAGAAACCACAACCAGUACACACAGCAUAACGAAACAGAGGGACGUCCAAAAAAAUAAGAGCGUUCACACUGGAGAGAAACCGUAUCACUGCUCAAAGUGUGGACAGAGUUUUACGAAGAUUGAGGGCCUCAAUAGUCACCAGCGUGUUCACACCGCUGAGAAACCGUAUCAGUGCUCAGACUGUGGGAAGAGUUAUUGCCGACCAAGUACUCUUCAAAUACACCAGCGCAUUCACACUGGAGAGAAACCGUUUCACUGCUCAGACUGUGGAAAAAGCUUUAGAGAGAGUAGUAUCCUCAGAAAUCACCGGCGCGUUCACACUGGGAAGAAACUGUAUCCCUGCUCAGAGUGCGGGAAGAGUUUCAGUCAAAAGAGUAAUCUUCAAACACAUCGGCGCAUUCACACUGGAGAAAAACCGUAUUACUGCUCAGAGUGCAAAAUGAGUUUCAGUCAACAGAGUGCCCUUCAAAAACACCAACUUAUUCACACUGGAGAAAAACCGUAUCAGUGCUCAGAAUGUGGAAUAGCCUUUAGAGAGAGUGGUACCCUCAAACAACACCAGCGCGUUCACACUGGAGAGAAACCGUAUCAGUGUUCAGACUGCGGGAAGAAAUUCAGUUUACUGAACAGUCUUCGAAUACAUCGGCGCAUUCACACUGGAGAGAAACCGUAUCAGUGCUCAGACUGUGGGAUGACCUUUAGAGAUGAUCGUGCCCUCACAAAACACCAGCGCGUUCACACUGGAGAGAAACCGUAUCAGUGCCCAGAGUGCGGGAAGAGUUUUAGAGAGAAUGGUACUCUUAAAAGACACCAGAGAAUUCACACUGGAGAGAAACCGUAUCGGUGCUCAGAAUGUGGAAUAAGCUUUAGUGCAAGUAAUACCUUUAAAAAUCACCAGCGCGUUCACACUGGAGAGAAACCGUAUCACUGUUCAGUGUGUGGGAAGAGUUUUAAAAACAGUAGUCACCUCAAAACUCAUCAGCGCGUUCACACUGGAGAAAAAACCUAUUACUGCUCAGACUACUGCGGGAAGAGUUUUACUGCGCAGAGUGAUCUUAAAAAACACCAGCGCAUUCACACUGGAGAGAAACCGCAUCAGUGCUCAGAGUGUGGAAAGAGUUUUGUCCAGCUGAGUGCUCUUAAAACACAUCAGCGCAUUCACACUGGAGAGAAACCGUAUCAGUGUUCAGAAUGCGGAAUGAGUUUUAGACAGAAUGAUACGCUUUUAAAACACCAGCGCAUUCACACUGGAGAGAAACCGUUUCAGUGCCCAGAUUGUGGAAAGUGUUUUAAUCUACGGAGUAACUUAAAAAAACACCAGCACAUUCACACUGGAGAGAAACCGUAUUAUUGCUGCGAGUGCGGAAUGAGUUUUAGAGAAAGUGGUACCCUCAAAAAACACCAUCGCCUUCACACUGGAGAAAAACCCUAUCAGUGUUCAGACUGUGGGAAGAGUUUUAUCCAGCUGGGCGGUCUUAAAACACAUCAGCGCAUUCACACCGGAGAGAAACCGUAUCACUGCUCAGAGUGUGGACAGAGUUUUGGAAAGAGUGGUACUCUCAAAAACCACUUGCGUAUUCAUACUGGAGAGAAACCGUUUCAGUGCUCCGAGUGUGGACAGAGCUUUAGAAAGAGUGGGACCCUCAGAGCUCACCAGCUAAUUCAUACUGGAGAGAAACCGUAUCCCUGCACGGAGUGUGGACAGAGUUUUAGGAACAGUGGGACUCUCAGAAAACACCAGCGCGUUCACACUCGAGAGAAACCGUAUCACUGCUCCGAGUGCGGGAGGAACUUCCAACAUUCAAAGCUGAAAAAGCAUAAAUGCAUUAAAAACGGAGUUAAAAACUUUCUAAUCCAGAAAUGUAAUUAACGCAACGUGUGUUAAGAUGAUUUCACACUGAACGCAGCAGAUUUGCGACUGCGUAAUAAAAAAAAAAUGGAUUUUUAAAAAAAAAUAAUGCAUACAGAGACUGGAUUAACAUGCGCAUUGCAGGUCACAGAACAGGAGCGUAAACACACGCAGAAUACACGCUGCAGUCUGUAGGAGAACCAAUCAACGUAAUGCGGAACUAAUGUUUAGCAUUGACUGAAAACAGCAGAGCAAUUUAGAUAAUUCCUUCGUGCUGUCUCGCUCUCACGCUGUCUGUCUCUCAAGCUGUCUUUCUCUCUCUCGCUUUUUCUCGCUCUCUCACUCGCACUGUCUAUCUCUCGCUCUCUAGGUCUCUGUCUCACUCUCUUUCUUUUUCUCUCACUCGAGCCAUCUGUCUCUUGCUCGCUCUCUUUUUUGCUUGCUCUCUCUCUCACUCGUCUCUCGCUCACUUACUCUCUCUCUCGCUUGCUCUCACUCGCGUCUUCUGUCUCUCUCUCCCCCUCUUUCUCGCUCACUUUCUCUCUUACUCGCGGCGUCUCUUUCUUGCUCUCUCGCUCACUCUCUCACUCGUGCCGCCUGUCUCUUACUCGCUCUCUCACUCACGCAGUCUGUCUCUUUCUUGCUCUCUCUCUCUCGCUCACUCUCUCACUCGCGCCGUCUGUCUCUUUCUUGCUCUCUCUCUCUCGCUCGCUCUCUUACUCACGCCGUCUGUCUCUUAGUCGCUCUCUUACUCGUGCCGUCUGUCUCUGUCUUGCU